CCCUUUUGUUUGACUAUGGGAGUUUACUGAUGCGUUGUGAUACGUUACCAAAUAACUUUGUCUUAUCUCUCUGUGUGUGUGUGUGUGUGUGUAUCCAGCCACACUGUGUGUUGCUUGCCUCCAAGGAGAACUCAGCACCUGUGAAGCUGGGAGGCUUUGGAGUGGCCAUCCAGCUGGGCGAAUCUGGGCUGGUCGCAGGAGGUCGAGUGGGCACGCCCCACUUCAUGGCUCCCGAGGUAGUGAAGCGGGAGCCCUAUGGGAAGCCUGUGGACGUGUGGGGCUGUGGGGUGAUCCUGUUCAUCCUGCUGUCAGGCUGCCUGCCCUUCUACGGCACCAAGGAGCGCCUGUUUGAGGCCAUCAUCAAGGGGAAAUACAAGGUAAUGAACCCUCGCCAGUGGAGUCACAUCUCAGAGAGUGCUAAGGACCUGGUGAGACGCAUGCUGAUGCUGGACCCUGCUGAGAGGAUCACUGUGUACGAGGCUCUCAACCACCCCUGGCUCAAGGAGAGGGACAGGUAUGCCUACAAGAUCCACCUGCCUGAGACGGUGGAGCAGCUGAGGAAGUUCAACGCCAGGAGGAAGCUCAAGGGAGCUGUGCUGGCUGCGGUUUCCAGCCACAAGUUCAACUCCUUCUACGGAGACCCACCAGAGGAAAUGCAUGACUUCUCAGAAGACCCCACAUCCUCAGGGGCAGUGUCCCAGGUGUUGGACAGUCUAGAGGAGAUCCAUGCGCUGACCGACUGCAGUGAGAAAGAUCUGGAUUUCCUACACAGUGUCUUCCAGGACCAGCACCUGCACACACUGCUGGACCUGUAUGAUAAGAUCAACACCAGGUCGUCCCCACAGAUCAGGAACCCUCCCAGCGACGGAGUCCAGAGAGCCAAAGAGGUACUGGAGACCAUCUCAUGUUACCCAGAGAACAUGGAGGCAAAGGAGCUGAGAAGGAUCUUGACACAACCCCACUUCAUGGCCUUGCUGCAGACCCACGAUGUGGUGGCCCACGAGGUGUACAGCGACGAGGCCCUGAGGGUGACCCCUCCCCCCACCUCGCCCUACCUGAACGGCGACUCCCCGGAGAGCGCCAGCGGAGACAUGGACCUGGAGAACGUGACCCGCGUGCGCCUCGUGCAGUUCCAGAAGAACACGGACGAGCCCAUGGGCAUCACGCUUAAGAUGAACGAGCUCAACCACUGCAUCGUGGCCCGCAUCAUGCACGGAGGCAUGAUCCACAGACAAGGAACGCUGCACGUGGGAGACGAGAUCCGGGAGAUCAACGGCAUCAGCGUAGCCAAUCAGACGGUGGAGCAACUUCAGAAGAUGCUGAGAGAGAUGAGAGGAAGCAUCACUUUCAAGAUUGUACCGAGUUACAGGUCUCAGUCCAUGUCCUGUGAGAAAGAGUCACCUGACUUGUCCAGGCAGUCGCCAGCCAAUGGCCACGCCAGCGUCACUAGCUCAAUCUUGGAUCUACCAUCCACCAUCCAGCCUAAAGGACGACAGAUCUCCAGACCUCCUAUCAAGGACAAAAUGUCCAUCAAGAUCUACGUGCGUGCCCAGUUUGAGUACGACCCCACCAAGGACGACCUCAUCCCCUGCAAGGAGGCGGGCAUCCGUUUCCGGGUGGGUGACAUCAUCCAGAUCAUCUCCAAGGACGACCACAACUGGUGGCAGGGGAAGCUGGAGAACACCAAGAACGGCACGGCUGGACUCAUCCCCUCCCCAGAGCUGCAGGAGUGGCGAGUGGCGUGUAUAGCUAUGGAGAAGACCAAACAGGAGCAGCAGGCCAGCUGUACCUGGUUUGGCAAGAAGAAGAAACAGUACAAAGACAAGUAUCUGGCCAAGCACAACGCAGUUUUCGACCAACUAGACCUGGUCACGUACGAGGAGGUGGUGAAGUUGCCAGCGUUCAAGAGGAAAACCCUGGUGCUGUUGGGAGCCCAUGGAGUUGGCAGGAGACACAUUAAGAACACACUCAUCACCAAGCACCCAGACCGAUUUGCCUACCCCAUCCCGCACACCACCCGGCCGCCCAAGAAAGAUGAGGAGAACGGGAAGAACUACUACUUUGUGUCACAUGACCAGAUGAUGCAGGACAUCAGCAACAACGACUAUCUGGAGUACGGCAGCCACGAGGACGCCAUGUACGGCACCCGGCUGGAGACCAUCCGCCAGAUCCACGCCCAGGGCAUGAUCUCCAUCCUGGACGUGGAGCCCCAGGCCCUGAAGAUCCUGAGGACAGCGGAGUUUGCUCCGUACGUGGUGUUCAUCGCCGCGCCGACCAUCACCCCCGGGAUGAAUGAGGAUGACUCCCUCCAGAGGCUGCAGAAGGAGUCUGAGACUCUUCAGAAGACCUACGCCCACUACUUCGACCAGACCAUCAUCAACAACGAGAUCGACGACACCAUCCGCCACCUGGAGGAGGCAGUGGACCUGGUGUGCACCACCGCCCAGUGGGUUCCCGUGUCCUGGGUCUACUAACGCCCCUGCCCCGCCCCGCCCCCCACCGCCCCCGACCCCCAAACCACUCCUGAACUUCAAUCAUCGUUAUCCUUUCUGUUUUCGGGGGAAACAUUCCUGUGAACUUCUUUGUGUCUUGAAAAAUAAGAAGAAGAACUAGAUGAAGAAGAUCCGUCCUCUGCAAACCUAAUUCUUCCUUCGAGACUUCAGCCAUUCCUCCCUCUGCCUCCCCCCUCCCCACUGCCUCCACGGCACAUCAUAGUGUGUGUGUGUGUGUAUAUAUAUAUACAUAUAUAUAUAUAAUAGAAAAUAAUGAAUAUGGUCAUGUCCUUAUAGUCGAAGACAGGAGGGGUGAUAUUGUAGACAUUUUAUACUUUUUGUUUUUUGUAAUCGUUUGAGAGACUGAGUCUCGUAGAUGCGAUAGUGAGCAUGGGUGUUGAGACAAUGGGGGUCGUCCGGGUGUCUAUGUGUGUGUGUUUACCUCCUACUGCAUUUCCUGUGGUCCCGUGCCCUUUGACCCCUAAUCCCCUCAGCCUAUUCUCUCUCUAUCCCUCCUUACUCGAUCCUUCUCUCAUUCUCUCCAUCUCUUUCCCCGUCUCUUUCUCUCUCCCUCUUUUCUCUCGAACUGUCCGAGACUUUUCGAAUCAGAACGGCGACGUACUUCCAAGGACAGUUUGACACCUGUCGUUUGUCGUAGUGGCAACAAAUGCACAAGUUGAUGGAUAAGCACAGAAAACUCGACAUUGACCCCUCCCCCCCCUCCAUAUUUAUUACAGAACCCUUGUUUAUACCUGUCAAUCAAUUGUAGUUGAAGGAGCAUACAUGUACCCUAGCUGAGAAUCCUGUGUGACAGACCUGGCCCCCAGGUUCUGAGGAAGACGCUCAGUGUAACCAGCCCAGCCCCUGGUCCUCUAGUACCGCCCCCUGUGCCCUCCCUGGGUCUGUAGCCCUGCUCCAUUUGUUUACAUAUCAGUUUGCACAAAGGACUAUGUAGAGGACAGAUCCUGUCCCCUCUCACUCUCUCUCCACCCAUUCUGUUCUCUUACUGCUCCUCUCUCUGCCUUUUAUUUCUCUCUGUCUUUCUCUCUCCGUCUUUCUCUCUCCGUCUUUCUCUCUCCGUCUUUCUCUCUCCGUCUUUCUCUCUCCGUCUUUCUCUCUCCGUCUUUCUCUCUCCGUCUUUCUCUCUCCGUCUUUCUCUCUCUGUCUUUCUCUCUCUGUCUUUCUCUCUCUGUCUUUCUCUCUCUCUUUGUUUUAUCCCCACCACCACACCCCAGCUAAGAUCUUUCCAUGUGUCUGACGUGAGUUGUGGCUCACAGACGUGGACAUGUGUCCAGUGCAUGUUCAUCGAUGACGAAAGCACUGACGAGGACACCAGGCGACCUGGGUCUUGGGACUGGAGCAUAUAUGGGGGAAAAAAAAUAAUGACUUAAAAAAAGAAAAUAAUAAUAUGUGAAAAGAAAACAGCUAAGAAAGACUUGAUCUGUAGUGUGCUGAGGAGUAGAACAUUAUCCCAGCUAUGCACACCCCCAGCGUUCACCACAGAUCUCCUCAUUGGAACAUUCCCAUCAAGCCCCGCCCCCUUCCCUCCACUCCCUAAUAGUGAGAUGUGUCUGUGAAUCGUCCUCAUUUGAUUGGUCGUGGGUAAAACGGGCGCGAGUGGGGAUGUGAAGUAGGACAAUCCAAUUCUGGUGCCACCGGUCCAGACCAGCGUCGUCCUACGAGAGUAUUACUGUUUUCAGUUUCAACGGAAGGAGUUGGGUCCAUGCAGAUUUUUAUUGUGUGUAAAUGUUUCAAUGGUGCGUACGUCAUACGAGUGAUUACGAAGAGCCAGUGUGUGUAUAAUAAUCCUUAAAAAGAGCUCAUAAUGUGACAUGAAA